UUGGACGCAGUCCUGAAGGCAGCACCAGUCAGUGUGUGGAGGACGUUGCAGUUUGCAGAGUCAGUCAAGUCAGACGCCGCUUUCAGCCCCACUUACUUCUUUAGCUUCUUCUUUUGAAGGAAAACAUAUAUUUGGAAGAAAAAAAAUGGAAGCUUCCAUUUGCAACAUCCAGGUGCUUCUGCGUGCCGCCGAGUUUUUGGAGAGGAAAGAGCGAGAGGCGGAACAUGGCUACGCUUCCCUGCUGCCUCCCAGUCCGAGUCUGUCUGAUAAGGGAAGCAAACAGAAGAGCAAGAAGAUGUCUGCUGGUGGAAACAGGUCUGCGCACAACGAGCUGGAGAAAAACAGACGGGCGCAGCUGAGGCAAUGCCUGGAACAGCUGAAGAAGCAAGUUCCUCUGUCAUCGGACACUAUGCGGAACACCACGCUCAACCUGCUCAGGCGAGCUCAGCUUCACAUCAAGAAGCUGCAGGAGCAGGACGAGCGCGCGGAGCAGCUGAAGGGUCGCCUGCGCUGGGAGCAGAGGGAGCUGCAGGUGCGUCUGGAGCAGCUGCAGAGAGGCACCGAGCGAAUGAGGAACGACAGCCAGGGGUCCACCAUGUCGUCAGAGAGGUCUGACUCGGACAGAGAGGACGUCGAAGUGGACGUGGAAAGCAUUGUGUUUGACUGCAUGGACUCUGACGGCCUGCACUAUAAUACACGCAGCGAUGAAGAUCACUGUUACUCCAGUAUGGACAAAGCCUGGCUAUGACAGCAGCCAGAGAGCGCUUCUUUUAUUAGCGUCCUCGCUGAGGAAAGGGAGAGGAGGAAGAGAAACCAUUCCAAAAAUAAGCAGGGUGAGGAGGAUGAUGCUGCACAACUGAACCCCAUUUUUCACAAAGGCAGUUUUUUUUCAACAUUACACCGUGAGCAUACUCAUGAAUGAGCUUUGUCCACUUGCACUGAAAAGCAGUUCAGAUCACUGUGCUGGGAUGUAACAAAUAUAUCCAAAGCCACUUAACAUUAGUUUUUUGAGGGAUUUUACUAAUCAAAACAGCUUUUAACUUCACUAUGCCUUUACAUAAUUCAGCAUUGAGACUAGAUUUGAUCUAGUGUUCUAUUCCGAAGCAUUGCAACUCGGUUAGGCCAUGUGUGGCAUGCACUUAAAUAUUCAUCUCUGCUAUGGUUUAUAUAUACAUAUACACACACACACACGCUAGUAAGUCUUUUGCUCUUUUUCUUUUGUUGCACAAAAACAUCCACACAUUGCACUUGUUUUGUCUCCAAAGAGUUGCAGAUGUAUCAAGUGAGGAAAAACAGGUAACCAGAACGAUCUGGUGGCAUUUGCACGUACAUGCCUGCCAAUUCGGCGACUUGACCAGACGUUCAUUUGGUGUAUUUGCACUCUUUUGUCUGUAAUUAGGUGAUGUGUGAUGACUGGUAGUUGGAGAGCAUCGGUUUUUGCACAUGACAGGUUCUUUUUGUUACCGUUAACAUUACAACAAGCUCACGAGACAGCUUUUUACACUUGCUGACAAAUAUGUACCAUGUUGCUCUAUAUUUAAUAACAGAAGGCACAUUUUGCCCUCACAUUUGUAUUAUGCAAGAUGCCUUAUUACUUUUUAUAAUAGUAUGUAUGCAUUAAUCAGUCUCUCCGCCCAGUAAUAUUAUGUAGCAUUUUUGUAAUGGUGUAAGCUUUUU